ACGACCCGCGCGCGCUUGCACGUCGGGCAGACCGUGGAGAUCAUCCUCAAGGCGGACCAGGCGACGGGCGCGACGACGCGAGGGACGAUACGCGAGUUCCUCACGAACAGCGCGACGCACCCGCGAGGGAUCAAAGUGCGGCUGCGCGACGGCGGCAUCGGUCGCGUCGCGCGCGUC